UUUUUUUUUCUAUUUUUAUUUUACACAAGUAUGUCGUUUUUCUUCUUUUUCUUUAUAAACCAUUUUAUACAUUAUGAAAGCUAUUGAACUUUAUGAUCUCGUUUUAGAUACUCCUAAUGAAAUAUUUAGUCCCAAUACAUUAAAGGCUCGUAUUGCUCUGAAUAUCAAGGGUCUUUCUUAUGAAACAAAAUGGCUUGACUUUUUUCAAGUACAUUCUGUUAUUCCAACCAUCACGAAAACAGGUGAGAAACCAACAGUACCAGUGAUUGUGGAUCAUCAGCAUGAUGACAAGGCUGUACAAGAUUCGUGGGAAAUUGUCAAAUAUUUGGAUAAGACUUACCCAGACACACCCCCUUUGAUCCAUGGCAACAAUGAAGCUCUUCAAUUUUUCUUUUACAACUAUGCCAAUGCUAACAUCCUGGUCCCAAUAUUCAAAUUAUGUGUAUUGACUGUAGUAGAGAAAUGCCCUACGAAGGAAAUGCAGAAUUGGUUCCGUCAAACACGAGAACAAAGUUUCAACAUGACUUUGGAAGAGUUUGCUGGUGAUGAUGAAAAUGUCCAUGUGGAGAAUAUCAAAUCUGGAUUAGGUUUAGUUCAUACUACUCUCAAAUCAUAUUCCUAUUUAUCCGGUGAAAAACCUGGAUUUUCAGAUGUGACCUUGGCUGCAUUGUACAAGAUGUUUUCUGUUUUUAGAAGUGAUCUGUUUGAACAGACUCUUUUGGAUGCGUAUCCCGAUGAUGUCCUUCGCCAAUGGUGGCGUCGAAUGGAAAAGUAUACGAAACAUUCACCUCCUGCAGAAGCUGUCCAUUGAUCCUUCCUUUAUGAAAAUUCUGUGAUGUAGUUAGUCUUAGUUUUUAUUUCUUCAAUAUCAAGUUAUUAAUAAACAUUGUUUUUUUUAUGUCUUUUUUA